UUAGCUUUGACACAAGAUAAAAAGAAGCUGCAAAAAGUACAGUUUGCAAACAAAUCCAAUAUUUACAUAUUUUCAGCUUCAGGGCAACCAUUAUCCACAAUCAAAUGGAAUAGUGGACCGUUAGUUCAUAUGGGUUGGUCUUCAAGUGAAGAUCUAAUAUGUGUGCUUGAAGAUGGAAACGUUUUACUUUAUGAUAUUUAUGGAAAUUUACAAAUGACAACUAGUAUGGGUCAGGAUGUUAAGGAUACUGGAGUUUUAGAAUGUAGAAUUUUCAACAGUCCGAAGUUUUACACUGGUGUAGCUGUACUAACUGGAGCAUUCAAUAUAUUUCUAGUUAACAAUAUUAAAGACCCUAGAAUAAGAAAAUUACCUUCUGUUCCAGGUCUUGAUGCACCUCCAAGCAGCUGGGCUGUUGUAGCCGAAGAUAGGCAAACCAAAGUUUUAGUAGCAAAAGAUGCUACAUUAUAUACACUGUUGCAAAAUGAAGGCAAAUGUGUUCAAGUGUUUCCAAAAUUUAACAAUCCUAUAAAUGCUAUUACUGAAAUAGCAGUAUCCUGCAACAAUCAACAUGUUGCACUCUUCUGUGAUAAUGGUGCACUAUGGAUGGGAGCAGCAAACCUUGAGGUUUGUUAUUUAAAAAAGUAUUGUGAAUUUGAUACUCAAAGUAAAGUUCGACCUCAGCAGUUAGUUUGGUGUGGUAAUGGUGCAGUAGUUGCUUUUUGGCAAAUUGAAAUUGAAAAUAUAAUGAUUGUUAUAGGCCCUGAAAAAGACUUCAUUAAUGAAAUAUUUUACACUCCAAUCCAUUUGGUGCCAGAGAUAGAUGGUGUGCGAAUAAUUGGAAAUACAACACAUGAACUUUUGCAAAAAGUUCCAGAUGCUGUCGCAGAUGUAUUUCGAAUAGGAUCUCUUUCUCCCAGUGCUUUACUUUUAGAAGCUUCCAAUGAAUUCAGACGUCGUAGCCACAAAGCGGAUGAAUACAUGAGAAUGAUCCGUGAAAAGAAUGAAUUAGAAGAAGCUGUGGAAUGCUGUCUAAAGGCAGCAGGGCAUGAAUUUCAGCCUUCCACACAGAAAAUGCUGUUACGAGCUGCUGCAUUUGGGAAAAAUUUUGUUCCUGAUAUGGAUCCAGAGCCAUUUGUAAAAAUGUGCCAGACACUUCGAGUGUUAAAUGCUGUACGAGUCAAUGUAAUAGGUUUACCUAUAACCUAUACACAAUUGGAAUUUUUAACACUUCCUGUCCUUUUGGAUCGACUUGUACUCCGACGCCAUUAUGCUUAUGCCAUUUGUAUAUGUCAGUACUUAAAGAUACCUGAUACAGAAGGGGCUAGUCGAAUACUGGAUCAUUGGGCAUGCUAUAAGGUGAAACGUACCAAUUUAGAUCCAGAACAAACUGCUCGAGCAGUUGCUGAGAAACUUGGAUGUACACCUGGAAUUUCUUAUGCUGAGAUUUCUAAUAAGGCUAUGGACUACGGUCAUCCUUCCUUAGCUGUAAAACUACUUGAUUAUGAAACACGGGCUUCUGAACAAGUUCCACUGUUAAUCAAAUUGAGGCAAGAAACGCAAGCUAUGGUCAAAGCAAUUGAAAGUGGUGACACAGAUUUAAUUUACUCUGUAAUACGCUACUUGAAAACUACUUUAUCGAAAGGUGACUUCCACAUGAAAAUUCGCCAGUUUCCUGUUGCACAUAGUUUGUACCUAAAGCUGUGCAAGGAACAAGAUCUCGAACAACUACGAGAAAGUUAUUCACAAGAAAGUGAUUUCAAUUCUGAAGGUCAUUGUUUUGUAAUGGAGAGUUAUCAGACUAAAAAAGUAGAAAAAAGAUCAAGUGCAUUGCAAGAAGCCCUGAAUUCGUACAAAAAAGCUAAAAAUGAGUUUGCAAUUCAGAUAACAGAAGAUCAAUUAAAAUUAAUGAAAUAUCAAAGUAUGUUUGAAGAGAAAUUUCCUCAGAAUUUUUGUGACCUUUCAUUGCAUCAGACAAUGAAACAGCUUUUAACUCAAAGGGAAUUCAAACUUGCUGAUGAUUUACGAAAAGAAUUUAAAGUUCCCGAUAAACGGUACUGGUGGUUACAAAUAACAGUUUUAGCUGAUGGUGGAGACUGGUUAGAAUUAGAGAAAUUUUCACGCUCAAAAAAAUCACCCAUAGGUUAUGAGCCUUUUGUGGAUGUGUGUGUUAAGCAUGACAAUAUAUAUGAAGCGAAGAAAUAUUUGCCAAAAGUAAAAGAGGAAAAUAAAGUGAUGUAUUAUGUUAAAGCUAGGUUACUUGAAGAUGCAGCAAAAAUUGCAUUUGAAAAGAAAGAUAUUGCUGCAUUGAAUCACAUUCAGAGUUUAUGUGGAGUUAUGGACAGAACUAUAUCAGAUAAAAUUACUAGUAUGAAAUCACAACUAUCAGCAAAGCGAUGAUUUGUAUUUUACUGUGUAUUUUGUAAUGAUGGGGAAAUUACAAUCCAACGAAUACUUCUGAGCAAAGUAUAAAAAGCUUAAUUCAUAAAGUGUUAAUCCUUCUUGUGUUAAAUAAUAAAUAUAAACUAUGAAAAAAUUAAUAUUUAUAUUUAUUGAAUGUAAUUGCUAAUAUGAAACUAUACAAAUGAUAGCAUAUGUAAUCAAUUAGUAUUUUGUCAACAUUUAUGUUAUUACUGUAAGAAUACGAACAUUUUGUAAUUAUCUGUAUUAUAAGAUAAGAAUGUAUUAAAUCUUUAAUUUCUGCUUGAGUGA